AUGUCACAUUCAAACAAAAGGUCGAUUGUGACGGGGCUGGGACUGAGUGCAGCAUCUCCCGGGGCAAUCGGGAGUCCAUCGUCUUUGGCCGACAUUCAGCACCAGCAGCACCGAGACCAACAUUACCCUGACCAAACGCCCGUCUGCCAUCAACCACAGCAUCAAGCUACUAAUCAGGUCGCGUCGCCGUCGCAUCCGGGCAGCAAUCGCGCAAAAGCGUUCGCGCUAGCACCAGCGUCUUCGACAUCGGCAAGCAGUGCCAUGUCGGGCUUCGACUCGCAGACGCCAAAGAAGGGUGACUUUAACAUCCAGCUCCAACAAGCCACACCCACCCACUCGACUUCGUCGCAACAACAACACGACAUGUCCGCUUUACCAAAUACCCUGCUCCCCGGCGCCUCUUCGUCUUCGCGACCACCCACCGGCGCGACAACCUACUCAGCUCCUCAGACCAUCCCCACCAUGCCCCCUCCCAUCAACACCAACCAGCAGCAGUAUACGCCGCGCCCUCCCACCCUCAACUCUCAGCACAGUCACUCGCGCUCAAGUCCUGCUGGUCUCGAUCAAAAGUACAUUGCUUUCUCCACCACUCCUACCAAAGGCUACAACUCCGUCACCCCCUCAUCAAGCCAUUCUCCCCUAGGUCUGGCCGACAUACGUCCCCGUACCAACUCUGACUUGCUGAACCGCACGGGUGCUCAGUCGGCUGCCGUCUAUGACUAUGGUCCUAGCCAGACAAACUGCAGCUACAUGGCUCCGUGGGCCGCUUACUCCUUUGAUUGGUGCAAGUGGCCGGUGCCCAACGGCAACAGCUGCGGUAAGAUGGCCAUUGGCAGUUACCUCGAGGAUCCUCAUAACUUCAUUCAAAUCGUCGACACGCAGAUCGCGCCCCAGGACCAAUCGACCAUGGGCGGUCCUGCCUACGGCAUCGACUAUGUCAAGGUCGCAGAAGCCACUUGCGCCUACCCAGUGACACGUAUUUCAUGGGAGCCACCCUCAUCAUCUAAGCAAUCCACCGAUCUUCUCGCUACUUCGGGUGACCACUUGCGCCUAUGGUCCCUUCCUUCGUCCUCGCAACCCGCCAUGCUGUCCAAUAACAUCAACCGAUCCGCCUCAGUCAACGUGCGCGACCCACCCACCCAAAAGUUGCAGCCUUUGGCCCUCCUCUCAAAUUCGAAGACCCCUGAACAUACUGCUCCUUUGACCUCGCUGGACUGGAACACUUUGUCGCCAAAGCUGAUAAUCACAUCGAGCAUUGACACGACUUGCACCAUCUGGGAUAUCCCUACGCUCACUGCGAAAACACAAUUGAUUGCACACGACAAGGAGGUCUUUGAUGUGCGAUUCUGUGCGGGUAGUGUGGAUGUCUUCGUUAGUUGUGGUGCUGAUGGAAGUGUAAGAAUGUUCGAUUUGCGAAGCCUUGAGCACAGCACCAUUAUCUACGAACCCUCGGAAAAGUCGGACAAAGAUAAAGCUUCUCCGACAAAAUCAUCGGCAGCGGGACUACCAGCAUCUCCUCCCCUUCUGCGUCUUGCCGCUUCACCACACGAUGCUCAUCUCUUGGCAACUUUUGCUGCGGAGUCCAACAUUGUGCGCAUUCUUGACGCCAGACAACCUGGCACUGCUCUCCUUGAGCUUCGCGGGCAUUCAGCUUCGCUCAACUCAAUAGAAUGGAACCCCAGCCGACGAGGCAUGCUUGCUAGUGGUGGUGACGACAGCCAAGUGCUGGUCUGGGAUCUUCUCAACUCUGGCAACGGAGCCAGUCUCAAUGGAGGCGUACAAGGCGAAGCUCAAGCAAAGGGCCCUUCAGCAAGCUGGAGAAGCGAUUACGAAGUCAACAACAUUUCUUGGGCACCGCAAAGCGCUUUGACUGGCCAAGGCGGCGAUUGGUUAGGUGUCUGCGCCGGCAAAGGAGUGUGGGGCGUCAAA